AGGGAAGACACUGAGGAUGUGGGAAGAGGACAAGGGACCGGGAGAGUCUGCGGGGGUGACGAGCUCCCUCGGGUGUCAGAAAUAAGCUGACACAAGACAGGUCUCACUCUGGCAAGCUCGGCGAGUGGAGUCAAGAAAGGACGCGCCACAGCAGCUGCCCGGUCCGCCGACCCCCAAUCCCGGCCCCCGGCGCCCAUGGCCUCACCCGGACCCCGCGCCUUGCGUGCUGCGCUCUGCGGCGGUUGUUGUUGCCUCCUCCUGUGUGCCCAGCUGAUUAUAGCUGGUAAAGGAGCUCCAGGCUUUGGGCGGAUUGCCUUGAUCCGCCUGAGCGUCUGGUCGACUGUCCAUGAAGGCUGCAAACACCUGGCCCAGUGUGAACGCUGUGUGGACAGAGCCCACAACCUCUCUGAUUGCGUCUGGCAGCAAUGCGGGCCAGAGGAGCCAGGACAUUGUGUGGUCCAAGCUGAAGUGGACAAGGAGGGUUGCCCUGUCUAUAACCGGUCAGAGUCAUGCCCAGCAUCCCACCACCAUCCCACCCAUGAACCAAAGACAAGCACAACAGAGAGUCCCCUAGUCCCUGAAGCCCACAAACCAGGUUUUGACGCAGCCAGCUUCACCGGGGGCAUUGUACUGGUGCUGAGCCUGCAAGCCACAGCCUUCUUUGUGCUGCGCUUCCUCAAGGUCAAGGACAGCACUUACCAAACACUAAUGUGACCCCACUGGUCCUGGCUCCACCUUGAAGGGACAGAGGACUCAGAGGCCACCCUCUUGAUUGCCUUCUGGGCAUCGGGGCUGGGACUUUGGACACCAGUUUCCAGUCCCAGUAGGCACAGAGCACCAGGCAGGCUUAGCGUUGAUGGCUGACAUUCUUUCCUGUCCUGGGCCUGGCGCCUGUAGCUGAGAGCAGCCUUCAACCUCCUCAUGUCUCAUCCAACCAGCUGGACCACCAGCUUAGUACCAGAGGUCUGAUGCUUCUACAACCCAGUCUAGAG